ACAUCGCCAUGGGAUCCAAAAGAAAAUCUGCCUUAUGACUAUGCUCGCAUCUAUCAGUUUCAGAACUUUGAUCGGACAAAACGGCGAAUCGUUUCGGAGGCCAAAGACGUUGAUGGAUUUAAGCACGGCGCUUACGUAACAAUAUACAUCAUAAAUGUACCAGGCGAAAAGUGGCGAGCUUAUAUAUCGGCUCGUAAGUGCAAUAUCUUGGUGAUAUAUGGGCUACUCCCUCAUGAACAUCAAAUGUCUGUGGUGAACGUUGUACUCAAACGGUUACCCGACUCAGAGGCCCCAAUAAAAUCGAAAGAGACCUUAAUCAUACAGUGUGGUUAUCGCCGUUUUAUUGUUAAUCCCAUCUUCAGUCAACACACCAAUGGCGAUAAGCACAAAUACGAACGCUACUUUCGGCCACAUACAACAGUAUGUGCUACAUUUUUUGCGCCAAUACAGUUCCCUCCUGCACCUGUGUUAGCAUUUAAAUUAAAUCCUGAUUCAACUUUAGCGUUGGUUGCACGCGGUUGUCUGUUAUCUUGUAAUCCUGAUCGUGUUGUGCUUAAGCGCAUCGUUUUGAGCGGACAUCCAAUGCGUAUCAACCGCAAAUCGGCCACUGUACGUUAUAUGUUCUUCAAUAAGGAAGAUGUGGAUUACUUUAAGCCGGUUAAGCUACGCACAAAAUGUGGACGCUUGGGGCAUAUAAAGGAAUCCCUAGGAACACACGGACAUAUGAAAUGCGUAUUUGACGGGCAGCUUCGCUCGUAUGACACAGUUUUUAUGUAUCUCUACAAACGAGUUUAUCCUAAAUGGACCUAUGAGGAAUGCUUAAUACGCUGUGAAAAGGACGAGGAAAACCCUGAGGAUGUAAAAAUGGAAUAA